AUGGAGAACAUCUCCACAGCCUGGUCCCUCCUGGAGAACUCCUCCAUCGGAGCCCUGGAGCCCGAGGAGGAGGAGGAGGAGGUGAAGCUGAGCUACCAGGUGCUCGUCUCCUUCGUGCUGGCCGCGCUCAUCCUGUGCGCAAUCUUCGGGAACGCGUGCGUCGUGGCCGCCAUCGCCUUGGAGCGAUCCCUGCAGAACGUGGCCAACUACCUGAUCGGAUCCCUGGCCGUCACCGACCUGAUGGUGUCGGUGCUGGUGCUGCCCAUGGCGGCUCUGUACCAGGUGCUGAACCGCUGGACCCUCGGGCAGGUGCCGUGCGACAUCUUCAUCUCCCUGGACAUGCUGUGCUGCACCUCGUCCAUCCUGCACCUGUGCGCCAUCGCCCUGGACCGCUACUGGGCCAUCACGGAGCCCAUCGAGUACAUGAAGAAGCGGACCCCGAGGAGAGCCGCGGUCCUCAUCAGCGUCACCUGGAUCGUGGGCUUCUCCAUCUCUGUGCCACCCAUGCUGAUCAUGAGCUCCCAGCCCAGGAGCACGCCGGGACCGGAGAGGACGAGCAGCGCCACCAAGCACUGCGAGAUCCGCCAGGACCCCUGGUACACCAUCUACUCCACCUUCGGGGCUUUUUACAUCCCUCUGACCCUCAUGCUGGUUUUGUACGGGCGGAUAUUCAAAGCGGCCAGGUUCCGGAUCAGGAAGACCGUGCGUAAAAGCGAGAAGAAGAAAGUAACGGACUCGUGCCUGGCCGUGUCCCCGGCGCAGGCCCGGAGCUGGAAGAGGAGCGUGGAGCCGCGGCCGCUGCCCAGCUUCAACGGGGCCGUGAAGCACCCGGAGGACGGGGAGUCCCUGGAGAUCAUCGAGGUCCACAGCAGCUCCAAGAGCAACCUGCCGCUGCCGGACACCCCGGGCACCGUGCCACUGUUCGAGAGCCGGCACGAGAAGGCCACCGAGGCCAAGCGCAAGAUCGCCAUGGCCCGGGAGCGCAAGACGGUGAAGACCCUGGGCAUCAUCAUGGGCACCUUCAUCCUCUGCUGGCUGCCCUUCUUCAUCGUGGCCCUGGUGAAGCCCUUCUGCCCGGACGCGUGCUACAUGCCCCGGUGGCUGGAGGACGUCAUCAACUGGCUGGGCUACUCCAACUCGCUGCUCAACCCCAUCAUCUACGCGUACUUCAACAAGGACUUCCAGAGCGCGUUCAAGAAGAUCAUCAAGUGUCAUUUCUGCAGACCGUGA